AUGUCAGAUCUGUUGGUUAACUCGAUGUCUGAUAUAUUGAUUAAGUCGGUUAAGUCGAUGACUGAUAUAUUGGUUAAGUCGAUGUCUGAUUUAUUGGUUAAGUCGAUGUCUGAUUUAUUGGUUAACUCGAUGUCUGAUAUAUUGAUGUCCGAUAUAUUGAUUAAAUUGAUGUCUGAUAUAUUGGUUAAGUCGAUGUCUGAUUUAUUGGUUAACUCGAUGUCUAAUAUAUUGGUUAACUCGAUGUCUGAUCUGUUGGUUAACUCGAUGUCUGAUAUAUUGGUUAACUCGAUGUCUGAUAUAUCUGAUAUAUUGGUUAAGUCGGUUAAGUCGAUGACUGAUAUAUUGGUUAGGUCGGUUAAGUCGAUGUCUGAUUUAUUGGCACGGUACGAAAUCCUCGAGUUAUUUUGA